UAACCCCCACGUUCCGCGUUUGUUCACACUCGUUCCGAGCGAAUAUAUUGCCGCGUAUCAUUGGAUUUGCCCGUCGGCGAAGCGGCGAAAUCGUGACGACGUACAGCUCCGACAUCGCGUUCCGUUUCAUUCGUUACUAAAAUCUCAGUCAAAUCUUUUAUCAGUCGUUGCACGUCGCACUGCUUCAUGUCGCGUAAUAUUUGAAUGCGACAAAUCUUCCUUAUUGUCGUCCCGAAAACAAUCGAUGGAUUCUCCGUUGCUCCCUUUCAUUAUUUUGCCAACGCAAUUGUCAUGAAUAAUAAAUUCAAAGUAUCGCAAAAUUUUCUCGCAGAAUUCUGGUUUCGUGAUUAAAUUAGCAACGAGAACGAACGUAGUGUCAAUAUGUUGGAAGUGCCACAGAAGAUUUACUCUAGGGACAUGCAUGGUAUGGAGUACAAUCAUUGGAGCUAUGACUUAACAGGUUGCAGCACAAAAAGAAAUAUGAAUGUCGAAGACGAAGACAGUCAAGAUCUAAAUAAUCCAAUGGUCAAUGACUUGGUAUCAAAGAUUCUCGAUGAAGAUUCUAUUAUCAGUGAUACUUGUCGUAAUAGUUACAACAGUGGAAAUACAUAUUAUCAAGCAGAAUUUCCUAAUUCUUGCUCUAACCAGGCUGGAGAUACCUUGGAUACCUAUCUGAGUGACAUGAAUCAUUUAGGAAUUCGUUACCCAUGCAGCAAGUUAACAAAUAAUGUCUACAACAAUACCAAGGGUGAAUACCAUCGUAUGAAUAAUCUUUGUAAUGACUUGAAAACACUGAAUUUUGGCAUGUGCGCAGGACGGUCUGUAGAACAGAAUAAUGCGUGCAGCAAUGAAAUAUCAUCAAAUGUGUAUCUGUCAGAUCCUCGAACGCAUGUUGUACACUCAAACGCUGGAAAUAUGUACACAAGUGGAAAUAAUAUGCCAUUGUGCAAUGAUUUGCUGACAACCACUAGUGGAGCGAGUUACACUAAACAAUCCAGUAACUGGACGGAACCUUUGUUAGCUUCCUCAAUGGGAUGCCGAACCGAAUUGACUGGAAAUUAUUCGAGAGUCUCAAAUUGUGUUAAACCAGAUCUCAAUUUUAAUGUGACUGCAUUAACCUUGGCCCUGGAUUCACCAAACUCUGUCCCGAUUAACGAGCUGGAAUAUCACAACAGUAUAAGACAAGGUGUAUUGUCGAAUUCUUACAGUAAUGCUGUAGUAAACAUGCAUGAUAUGUACGGUGUUACCAGCAAUAGCGGUCAGGGUCCAAGCUACAGGCCCAACUCAGCGAUGACUGAUCUAAGCGCCGAUUCUGGUUUCUUGUCAAACUCGCCGUUGCAGCAUUUCUCGCCUGCCGACACAACUUUGCACACUUGUUUUGGAAGCGGUAUACAACGUAACGGCAUUAGCGACUUUAAGGACGUUCACGAUACCGCCAGAUUAAAUAUGACGAGUAUCAGCAUACCAAACGAACAGAUGCAGUUCUUGCAGCCGCAGGCACGUAGCUACAAAUUGGAUCAAGCUGUGGACCAAGAUUACAAAAACUUAAUCGAUUAUUAUCCCCCCGGUACAAAUAAUUUCGUCGCAUCAUCGGCGAGUAAUUUAGACACGAACGAGAACGUUUGUCUCCCUAGUGACUGUAGAAUCGAUAAUAGCUUGUUGAAAAUGAUUAGUCCAAAAUCGAAGUCUAUCGAAACCAAGACAUAUUCGCCGAUAGGAUUUCCGAAGAAUCUGAGUUCGCGUAACUUGUACCAGCCUAUCGCCAAAUACGGCUGUCACAGUUAUCAACAGUACACUGCCAGCAGUGGCGACACUUUGAAAAUAUUACAACAGAAUCCCACGUUUUAUCACAAUGACAUGAAGCCGUCUAAAUUUAAUGCGUACAAAUUGGAUGGAUUUGAUUUGGCUAAAGAGAUAGGCUACCCCUCAGGAAGCAAUAUGACUGAUCGUAUUGCGGGAUCUACACUCGACAAGGACGCCUACAAUCACAUUAUGAAGCAGCGGCACCAUUUGUCCAAAAUACAGAGCAUUCCCGCUGGGUUGGCCGCGCCUCCCGAUAUCAUCUUCAAUUCGGGAAUUAAUACUGUGAGAUCGGGAGCGUACCCGUCGGUGAUGCCAGUUCCUGUUCCUGUUCCGGUUCACCCUGUGCCACGAUUAUUUUCCGCUCUUUACGGAGGCAAUUUGAGUUUUAGAAACGGCAGUGGCGCAGCUAGAAAGACAGGCCCCUCGAGUAUAUUGCAUUUCAAUCUGGAGCAAACGUACGAGCAGUUUAAGCAGUUGGAAAAAGAGCGAAAGAAGUGCGAAGCUGGAUUGGCCGCGCAUUUCCCGGGAAAACGCGUGACCAGCGCGAAUAAUAUACCCAUUCCGCGUCUUCAGGGAAAUCCAUCAAGAGUGGAUCGCUUGAUAAUUGAUUAUUUGAGAGAGCACGCUCGUGUCAUUACAUUGAUAGCAAAGAUGGAACGCUUACGCGGGACUACGAUGAAUCAACGCGUACACAAAGCCAUGGAAUAUUGGCUGGAAGCUAUCAAGUAUGUUCAAGAGUGUCGUAAGCAAGAAAUCGCGAAUGCUAUCAAACGUCAGAAAGAGAACCCACAUUGUAUUUUAGCAUAUGACGACAACGAUAUCCUGACUCUGGCUGGAAGUGUCAACGAAUUGACGAAGGCAUCAAGAUACGCUCGGACCGGUAUGUAUAACGCGCUCCAAGCCACGCUGCUUUAUAAUUUGGAUAUAGAAAAGAAAGUCAUCGAAACUUCCAAGGACCCAGUUUUGGAAGCAAAGGUCCACAGCGAGAGUCAAACGAAGGACGCAAGCAACGAUUAUACAAGCAAUACCUAGCAAAUUUGCGCUGACUAUCGCUUGGUAUCGCCCAUCCUAAAGUAUUGAAUCGAGUCCAGCAGCUUUUUACUUACGUGCACAGUAUUACGUUUUUGAAAGGCUUCUGCUGGGGAUUUACUAUUUAUUUUACUGUUGAAACGAAAUGCCGCCCAUUAAAAACCGAAAUUUUCGCUCGCGAUACAUAAAAAUAACACAAAAAAAAAAUGAAGAAAAGCGUGAAACUGAUAUUUGGAAAUGCGUGUGCGACUUUUUACAGGUUAUUAAUAACUUGAUAGUUUUCUACCAUACGUAUUUUAAUGCUUACGACAGUGUAACCGACUUAGCUUUUCGAGGGCACCGAUUUAGAUACGAGAGACUCGCUAAACUGUCCGUUCUUCGUCGGUUUAUCUCUGCUGCGUGUCAAAAAAUAUCACUCCUUCUUCGGCACAGAACGGAAAUAAACCGAGUGGCAGUAUCGAUCGUCUUUGAACCAGUGCCGCUAGCUUUGAGAUCGUUGUACGAUUCGUAACUCGCAACAAGGACGAAAUUGCUCAGAUGUACUACAUCCUUUAGAAGUAUCGUUCUACGUGCAAUUAUUUGUUUAUAUGCGUAUCCUAAGUUAAAAUGAGAAAGAUAGACAGAGAAUACGUCGAAUACCUUGAACGAGGACAUUCAAGAUGUUCGACAGUAACUCGUUAGAUUAGCUCAAUGUGGCCUUCCUUGAAUGUGUGACCCGUAACGUGGUAGUAGAUGUUCCAGAAUUUGAAUAUUUCGCGACGUGUAAGUGCGAUGUCAAUUCAAUCGCAUGCAACACGAGCUUAUAUUAUACAUAUAUGUAUAUACAUAUACAUAUAGAUAUAUGUAUAUAUAUAUUUUGAAAUGUUUGUAUAGUACUAAUGUCACACUUUCAUUAUCAAUAUAUCGUUUCGGAUAAUAUGUAUUCUUACUCCACGAAUGCAAAGAAGAAGAUACAUAUACGACACGCACAUACGUAAAAAUAAUCAUCUACAUUACGUUUAUAAGUAUACGCACAACGACAUCAAGAGCCACACUCAUGCAUUAAGGCAUUUAACAAACUCCGCAUAGUACGUGCAUAAAUAUAUGUAUAUGUAUAAUAUAUUAUAUUAUUAUACGUACACAUAAUGUUAAUUUAUGUCGUUGCUGUUUCUCCGCUUUACGAAUCACUUAUUGUUAUUUCUGUAUUGUACGACGUGCACAGAUGCAGUACGCUACGAACACAUCGUAGCAAGCAAACAAACAUAUCGCGAUAAAAUCGCGAAUAACGCCGAUCCGUAUGUAACAGAUGUUAAUCAGUAAGGACGAUUUCUCUACUACGUAGAUCCGAUUACACGAGAAAAUAAUUCAGAUGAAUUAGCUUUUUAGGUGCUUCGACUUUUUUUCGCGACUAUCUUGUCGCGCAGAUGAAAGAGUUGAAUUUUCUAAAACGUCUUACAUCCAUCUCUGUCGAGAAUUUAAAACGUUUUAGAGAAAUAAACUCUCUAAUUAUAUAUGCUUGUCGCAUAAAUUUUACAGAGAUUUACUUUUUCUUUUUAUAUUUGAUGCACAAUUCGUACGUAUGAUCAUUCAGUUUUUCCUCGUGUCUCUCUUUUUUUGGAAAGAAUGUAAACUAUCCGAACAUAAAAAUUCAUCGUGAUGCUGUAUCGUUAAGAGCAUUAAGAUAUAGCAUAUGUGUUUGACAAUUUCAUUUAAACUGCAUGCGAUAUUAUUGUAUGUAUUAUUGCGAAUUUAUGUAUGUAUGCACGCAUUCGCGUACAUAAAACGAAGCUUUCGAUGAUGCACUUCUCGAUGCACGCGUGAUAACGAAUUCCGAAUACGUGAUAUCGAAAUUCGUGUUUCAUCGUAAGAGACUUGCGUGUCCGUCAUUAAAUAUCGUGAAAGUAUUUCUAAAUAGCUUGCAAUUAAUGUUUAAUCGAUGGUGAUGUUAAAUUGCGUUCAGUACUGUGUCCAAAGCUGUCAGAUACAUAGUCGGUUUUUAAUGAUUUUUCUAGUUAUUUUUCUUGAAUGUCCGUCUCGCUCAAAGAGAUUCGUCGCGUGAUUACUAUUUGCAAUAUAUAUAAUUCGUUAUUCGUAACUUGUGUUCGUAAGUUGUACGUAAAUUCACUGUUAUUGAUUUGACGCGACCACUUGUUAGAACAUUCUUAAAGUGGUAGAAGCUUUUGUAGAGAGGCUAUCAGUAUUUAUAUAUAUUGAGAAUCGCGCGAGGCAUAUGUUGACUAAUAUUUGAAGUUUUAAUGAGUUUGUUAUCCUUUUUUUUUUCUUUUAUUAAAUUAGUCGGUUCAGUUCAGUUUUUAUGUAGGCAUUGUGUAAAAUUUAUAGUAGAUUUAUGUGGUUAUUUAAUGUUUUACACUUGUUUCAUUGUUCCUAAAGAAUGUAAAAGAAUUUUGUGUAUUAAGAUAGUGUUCGACUAGUCGUUCGUAGUAUCGAGAUCCUUCUCGACUUAUAUUGUCUGCAUCGUAUUCUUUCGUUCUUCCUAAUAGCUAAGUAAUGUUACUAUUCGCCUGAGCUACUUUAUAUAUCGGCGAGGUAAAACAAAAACUAAGAAUUCGUACUAUAAAAAUUACGAAUUUAUUAUAUUAUAGAGAUUUCAGAUUAUUUAAUAUAAAUUCACUAUUUGUUUGCUUAAUAUGCAGUUUCCGGUACUAUAACAAAUCUUUUUGUAUCAACAUAACAUCAGCAUUCUAUCUUGUAUUUAGUAAUUUGAUCAAAGAUCAGAUAGUGGAGAUCAGUGUGUAAAGGCUCAGAGAAGCUUUUAUUCUUAAAAUAAUGUAUUUUAAUGUGCUGUGUUGAGUUUCUGUAAAGCAUCGUGUACUGACUUUGCGUAUAUUGCAAUUUAUAUGUAUUCAGCGUAGAAGACAAAUUAGCAAAUAAUAUCGCGAACAACAAUGCGAAACGAAGUUAACUACGAAACGAAAGCCGAAGUGUAAUAUUAUCAAAAUACAAGGUGUCCUAUUUCAAUCGUAUUAUCUCUUAAUGAUAGAUUCUUCAGUCAAUUUGGAAACGAUUUUUUUCUUUGCAAAAGUAUCAAAAGAAUAUUUAUUUUUUUCUAAUUUUCAACAUUUGUAAGUUUUGAAGUAAAAUUCUACGAAAUGAACUGAAGAAUACGAUUUCAGCGUUUAGCGUUGCAAUUGUCAGCAGUUUAAACAUUUUGCUGAACAUUUAUUAUAUUAUUAUAACAUUUCACAUGACGCAUUGCUGCUUAUGAAGUAUAUUUUACUGAAAAAGACAAUUUUUUAUGAAGAAUAAGUAUUGUACGAUAUAGAUAUUUAAUACAUUGUAUAUGGAUUUUCGUCCUACACACGCGCACAGCGAGAGAACAGUAUCGUUCAAAAAAUCUUGCAAUAAUGCAGGAUUUAUUAGUCUUUUCUUAUUAUUUUUCUAUUUUUAAUCUUUUUUAACUUCUCUAGUUCUUUUAGAUUAGAAUACGUUUUAUACAUUGUAUCGUUUAACUUUAAAAAAAAAAUGGAUUUUAAAUUGGCCGAAAUCUAUCAUUAAAAGAUAAUACGAUAAAAACGAGAUGUACUACAUGUAUGCGACACAAACAUAUAUAUACACGCGUGUUGAUAUUAUAGAUUUAUAUAUAUAUAUAUAUAUAUAUAUGCGUGUUCGUGAAUCUCGUUCCCACGCUUUCUACACGAAAGGGAAAAAUCCACUAGCCUGUGUGUCGCGUACGACUGCGAUCACUAAAGGGAAAUAUAGAUAAAAUUUUAUCGAGAGCUUCUUAGGCAAAGCGUUAGGGAACAAUACAUGAGUCUCUCUCUCUC